CUAUGGCUCUGAGGAAGGGGCACAUCACACGCACACACUGCCAGGGAAAGUGUGAAUGUGUUGGGUGUCGUCCUGAUAUAAAGGGAACCCUCUUGAACUCUUUGGUACCGAAGAAAGAACUCUUCUCUUCUGCUUGUCUGAGGCUUCGGUGGGGUUCUUAGGCGAAGAAAAUGGCCAGGUUUCUUGCAGCGAUCCUCCUCCUCGUUACAGGAGGCUGUGUCUUGAGUCAGGCCCGCGAGAUGGAACCAGUGGAUGUAAACAUUGGCGACGAAUUUAAAGAUACAACCAACCUACGGCAACUCCAUGAAUGUGUUAAAACGCCACCCAAGUGUAGCAAUGAAGGAGGCUUUUGUCUUAAUCUCCAGUUGUCUUGUGCAGGGAAGAUGAAUGAAUCACUGUGUAACAAUCUAAACUGUGGGUGUUGCAUAAAGCAUGAGUGCGUCAACACUCCUAAAAUGUGUUCCAGUAAAAAUGGCGUGUGUAUUAAUUUAAUGGACGACUGCGCUGGCCAGACUGAUGAAUCUUUGUGUAGAAACAAAAACUGCAAAUGCUGUAUGAAGCAUGAGUGCUCUAACACGCCAAAGAUGUGUUCCAAUGAAGGUGGCGUCUGCAUUAAUCUGAUGGACGACUGCGCAGGAACAGCCAAUGAGUCUUUAUGUAGGAAUAACAACUGCAAAUGCUGUAUAAAACAGCAAUGCAGCAACACAGAGAUGUGUUCCAAUGAAAAUGGAGUUUGCAUAAACGUAAUGGAUGACUGCGCUGGCCAGACAGAUGCUUCAUUAUGCGAUGGCGAGCACUGUACAUGUUGCAUUCCAGAUAUCACGACGACCACGACGGUCUCCACUACGUCGACUGCGUCCUCUUCGACAUCCACGUCUACUUCCACAACCACAACUUCCUCUACUACGACUUCUACCACAACUACAACCUCCACCUCGACGUCCACCACCACCUCCACCUCGACGUCUACCACAACUACAACCUCCACCUCGACAUCCACCACAACCUCCACCUCGACUUCUACCACAACCUCCACCUCCACCUCGACGUCUACCACAACUACAACCUCCACCUCGACGUCUACCACAACUACAACCUCCACCACUUCUACCUCGACGUCUACCACUACAACCUCCACCUCGACGUCUACCACUACAACCUCCACCUCGACGUCUACCACUACAACCUCCACCUCGACGUCUACAUCUUCAACUACCACAACUUCAACCUCCACCACUUCCACUACAACCACAACAACUACCAGUUUGCCUACCACCGAUACUCCAACGACAACCCCAAGCAAUCUGUUGAACACAACCCCAACCCCAUAGUUUUCAGAACAAUUGGCAGUUGUCUCUUCAUGCAUUUCCUCCAUAUUUAUCUGUAAAUGCCUUAACCAUGCAAUGUGUGCACAGAGCAACUUCCCUUGAAGGACGAAAUAUUAUACCAACUGCCUUAAAAGACUUAAGGUUGUAAAAUAAAAAGAAAAGAAAGGGGUAUUCUUGUGAUUUUUCUAAACAUUGUCAUAUCUCAGAACAUCCUAAGAGAUUUUUUUCUUUCUUUAUUUAUUUAUUUAUUUAUUGUUCAUCUCUUUCUUGGAAUGUAAUUUUCCGAUUUGGUUCGCAAUAUACCUGGAAAUAAUAUGGUUGGAAAAUAUG